AUGGCUUGUGAUAAAGCAGGAAAACACGGCGGAAAAGCCAAAGCGAAGCGUUCGGCCCGUGCUGGAUUACUGUUUCCUGUGAGUAAAGCCCUAAGAGAUCUUAAAAAACUCAAUACCCGUCAUGUAACAGUCGAAACUGAGGCUGCGGUCUAUACGUCGGCAGUUUUGGAAUUUCUAGCAGCUGAGGAAGCUCUGGAUAAGAUAGCCAACUUAAGCACUGGGCUGGAGGGCCACAUAGAACAGGACACCAAACGAGCCAUUAAGGAAAUAUGUAAGAAGAUUAAAAGGCAAAUGAAAGUGAUAAACAGUACACAAGCAAAGGCCCUGCUGGAACAAAUGCGAAUAGAAACAAUAGAAAUACCCACCGAUGACAAAGAACCGAAAAAAAGCCUCCUCCAGGAGAAAGCAUACAAGCCAGAUUGCCAACUAUGCAAAUCAAAGAAAGUAGAAACAGCUGAGAUGCAAACUCAGAUAGACGAGGUCCCCACAUAA